AUGUUAAAUUUGAUUUUCUGCGUCAGUUUCUCUGAUGCUGGUCUCCUUGGAGCAGCAAUUGCGCUAUGCGGUGGUUAUGGUGCUUGUCAAACAGCUUGUAAUACAAUGUGGGUAGCAUGUUAUGCUGCUGCUGGUCUUGUAGCUGGAGCUGCAACUGGUGGUGCAACAAUUUCCGCGGCGGCACUUGCAUGUAAUGCAUUACAAGGAACUUGUAUGGCCUCAUGUGCUGUAUCGUUUUUAGCCGCCUAA